UUAGUUCUAGAGUAUCAAAUCAUCAUCUCUCCAACAAAAAAAAUAAAAAUAUAUAAAUAAUACAAAAAAAAAAAUAAAAAAUAUAUAUUUUGAAGUUUACAAAAUAACAACAAAAAAAAUACAAGACGUUUAAAAUAAAAUCGAGAAAAAUCGAAUUUUUAUUUUUUUUCGAAAAACACAAAAAAUACGAAAAAAACGAACAUUCUUAUGCAAUUUUUGACGAAAUUUAUUUAAAAUUGACUUUGUUUAUUACGCCAAAGGGUUUCUUUGGUUUACAACUCGCAUUUAUUUCUCGUCUUAACGGUUACGCGAAACUUGGUGGUGAUUUGAUUACACACGGAAAAUAUAGGAAAGAAACACACGAAAAAAAUAAAAAAAACAGGAAAUACGAAAAAAAUAAAUAAAAAAAUAUUGAGAAAAAUAUUUUAAAGUGUUGAAAACGCCUUUUUUUCUUCUCACGAACUUUUUGAACGGAACUAAAUAUUUUUGUGAGAAAUUUAUAAAAAAAAAAUAAAAUUAAAUAAUUAACAAAAAAAAAAUAAAUUGUGCUAAAAAAAAGUGAAAUCUUGAUAAAAGAAAAAAAAAAUUAAGAAGAAAAUUGGUUUAUUAUAAAAAAAAAUACAAAAACACAGAAAAAAAGGAAAAAAAAAUCAUUUUCGGAAAAAAAUUACAAAGGUCGUUUCAAGGUCAAUUUUUAAAAAAAGUUCAACAUACGAAAAAUUAAGUGAAAAGUGAUAAAUUAAUAAAACUCGAACUCAUACACGACAAAAAAAAAAUCCGGAAGAAAUCGCUCGAUUGAGAAAAAAAAUCAUUGUCAUAAAACGAUAUGUUGGCAAUGUCAACACUUAUGAUGCCAGCACCGACAAUGGCUUUAGGUGCACCACAAUUGGCCGUUGGUCCACACAAACCACACGAAACGAAAUUGUUAGCUAUACAUCCGGCCCACUCGCAACCGCAGACGACUCCACAACAAGCAGCUUUGCAUCAGGCACAGCAACAAGCCGCGCAGCAACAACAGGCAGUCGCUGUCGCACAGCAAAAUCAAUUGAAUCAAGCUGCUGCCGCUGCCCAACAGCAAGCAGCAGCUCAGCAACAGUUGCAACAACAUACUCCAAAUUCAUCGAAUAAUAAACAAGAGCAUUAUCAUAUAUUUGUUGGUGAUCUGAGCCCGGAAAUCGAAACACAAAAUUUAAAGGAUGCCUUUGCUCCAUUUGGGGAUAUAUCAGAUUGUCGCGUUGUACGAGACCCACAAACAUUAAAAUCAAAAGGCUACGGCUUUGUAUCAUUUGUAAAAAAAUCGGAAGCAGAAAGUGCAAUCACAGCAAUGAACGGACAGUGGCUCGGAUCUAGGUCAAUACGAACAAAUUGGGCAACAAGAAAGCCACCUGCAACAAAAUCAGAACUCAAUUCAAAACCACUCACUUUUGAUGAAGUCUACAACCAGAGCAGUCCAACAAAUUGUACGGUAUAUUGUGGCGGAGUCGGUGGCACAUUGGCAGGCGGUUUGAAUGAGGAAAUAUUGCAAAAGACCUUUUCGCCAUUCGGAACAAUUCAAGAGAUUCGUGUGUUUAAGGAUAAGGGUUAUGCUUUCGUUAGAUUCUCGACAAAAGAAGCAGCCACGCACGCCAUCGUCGCCAUCCACAACUCCGAAAUCAACGCUCAGACCGUCAAGUGUUCCUGGGGCAAGGAAAGCGGCGAUCCCAAUAACGCACCCUCAAUCACAAGUCAAGCUUUAAGUCAAGCCGGCUUCCCCUUCGGAACGACAUACGGACAACAAGUUGCCGGCUACUGGUAUCCGCCAGCGCCCACGUAUCCAACAACGCCAGCACCUGCCGCCCCCUUACAAGGUCAAUUCCUGCAGGGCAUGCAAGGUUACGCUUACGGGCAAUUUGCUGGAUAUCAACAAGGUUACAUGGGAAUGGGAAUGCAAUUACCCGGUGCAUGGCAAGGAGUGCCCGCACAAGCGCAAAUUCCCACAGCAACCGCCCAACAAAUUGCUGCACAAGGUGUAGGCUCUGCUCUGCCCCAAGCCACGGGAGUCGUCGCCUACCCAAUGCAGCAAUUUCAGGUGAGCCCGCAGUUAGCUGAAGAUGAAUGGUUAGCCCCUAGCUUAUUGGUGUAGCUGCCUUGAUGGCCAACAACAACAACAACUGUGUGUGGCUGUGUUACACAAUCAGCCUCAUCACAACAUGCCCACAUCCAACAACAAA